UGUUGUUGAAUUCUGCUUGGAGUUUCUAAACAUGUGUGCUCUUUUACAAACCUAAAUGUAUGUACGAUCAAUUUGACAGUUACGAAAGAGGACGUCACACAUUACAAUCUGUGAGCCAGCGAUUACUAGCUAAUCGGCGGUGAGCUAUGCGCCGAGGAAUUUGGUUCGAUUCACAAAAUGUUCCCUCUGUUUGAGCUGGUGAGGAUACUCGAUCUAGAGAAUCUAUACCAGAUUCCCGUACACGGCACAAAUGCCAUCGACCACACGGAGCAGGCGAUCGACGUGUUGGCACCGCCGGAUAUUAAGCUGUUUGCAACGACCAACUGCGCCGAACGUAGCCUCCUCGCUAUCCUCUGUAGCGAUGGAUCGCUUGUGGUGCACUACUGUGUUGGUGCGGCACCAGCUGUUGUCCGGCGGUUGGAAUGGAACCUUGACAUGUUAUCGGAAGUUGUUGCGAUGACGUUUGACCCCUCAGGAACAUGGCUCUUGUGUGCUGUUCAGACUGCCGGCAUUUACAUCCUUCCAAUUCUAUCUGCAAUGGACCCUGGAGUGAAAAUCAACCAAAUGUGGAACCUCAAAGAUGUUACAGAGAUCCUGAAGUAUAAAGGAACAAAAGCUCAACCAACUUCGGUUGCCUGGUGGAACACACUGGAUGAUAUUCAUGUUGGCAUCAUUGCAAAUAAGCUUGGAGAAGUCACAUUUGUUGACCUUGUCAAGGGGAAGGAGCUAUGUGGCACGUACAUACCAGAAGAGAUCGAGCAAAUGGAAUUGUAUACUAAUAAUGAACAGACAACCACCUACCUGCUGCGGAUUCACAUCCACGAUUUCUACCAGUCAAGAUGCAGGACGAUGGAGGAAAUGUGUUUACGGCAUAUGCAAAGAGCAGAUACCUACUAGCGAAGCAAAAUUUCAAAGACGGUUUACUUAGGAUGUACGACGGCAUAGAACAGGAGGCGCCAGUGUUUAUCUACCGCGUACCGAAGGAUUGUGGGAAGGUGCUGGUCACCGACCAUCUGCUGUUUACUCUCGCUGAUGACACGGUGCUCGUCCUGUCCAAUCAGCAGUCGGAGUCUUACACGGAAGCAAAGCAGUCAUUCAAGGAAGAAUCUAAAGUGCAGCAGUUCAGUACUUCGCAAAUGGGAAAGGACUUGAAAAUCGUGAGAAGAAAUUACCCUUUCUACUUGCACAAGCAACGCGAGCAUGCACGCCUACAAGAGAUGGGGCGAACGGUGCCUGGCGAAGCAUCUUCAGCUAAACAGCAGGUUGUUUCUGCUGAUAUCAUGCUAACGUUGAAGGAAAAAUGUGACAAAAAAGCAAGGGGUUUAACCAAAAAAAUUACUGUGCCUCCAAAUACACCGAACAGGGCAUCGCCCGAUGCCACGGUGCCACUCCAACCGGCGAAAGCCGAUGAUAACGUGGUUUUUCACGUUCACAUUGAUGAAGCAGAAGUAGCUGAGUGCGCUGAUAUGGAACACAUCGAUGAUGUGGCUCAGGCGAUUGCCACAGGUAAUCUGGGGAUAAUUCGGCGCAGCAGCAGCAGCGAGGACAUGGGAGCCGUGAUCGAGGGCGCGUUCGACAGCCUGCCGCUGAUAGCCCUCGAGCAUCACACCGUCUUCACGGGCUGCCUCAUCGUCGGCCGGCGCGCCGUGUACGAGUGCAGGCCGCGCAUCUCGCCCGAACGCAUGUUCCUCGAUCUCACCAUCGACAACUACGACAUCGACGUGACCGAGCUGCUAGGUAUCUCGCUUGGCUUGGAUCUCUAUCUUCUGUAUGAACUGGCAGGUGACUUUUACCUAGAGCAAGGCCAGUUUUGUCACGCUAUCUACCUGUAUCAGGUGUCAAAGUCUCCAUACGUGCGGGUGAUAUACAACUUUGUAAAGCAUAACCACAUCGGAAAAAUUCUGGCAUAUGUCAGCAACUUGUUAUCAAAUUCUAAGAUGUACAUGACGUUAGUUGACCGAGAGCAGCUGGCCAAUAUAGCUUUGCUGUGUUUUACCCAUGAAGUGAUUGAUCAUCAAUCGAGGAGCUCAGUAUGGCUUGAAACCUCAUUCAGGGAAUUCUUGAAUACGACGACCAACUACGACUGUCAACUGGCGCUAGAACUGCUGUCGAGAUAUGCAAUGUACGAUCUUCUCUUCCUCUUGGCAAAGAGAUGCGGCUUGAUGCCUCAGAUGCUGCAGCUGCUUAGCUCUCAGGGGCACAUGAGGACCGAUGACACGGACGUCUAUGAUGACACGCACGCUUUGGUCGUCGUGCCCGAGUCGCUCAUACACUGCAUGACGACGUCGGACGUGGUGAUGCAGCUUCUGGCGCUGCCACAGGCGGCGCUGCAGUACAUGCAGCUCGUUGUCUCCCAGGUGGCGCUACUCGACGAGGACACUCUCCUUCACCUCGCGCUGCAGUUCGACCCGUCGCGCGCCGCCAUGAAGCCCUUCCUCUCUCGCGCCGUGCAGCACCGCAAAAGGACGAUGGACGGCUCGAUGAGCUCGGUCGCGAGCGAGACUGUCAUCGACUUCGUUGGCGCGGAGCGGGAGCCGACGACGGCGACGGCAAGGGAGCUCUGCGUGGAGGACGCGAUCGAGUUCUACCUCACCGUGCUGCUGGCGCUGGUCGCGCAGCAGCGGCGGCGUUUUGGGCGGAGCGCGGGCGCGAAGACGCUGCGAUUCGACGCGACCUUUGCUCACGCCGGCGACGGAGCCGACAAGGAGCUGAUUGAACGAGAUACUGUGAUAGUUUCAUGCCAGCCGGUCAGCGUGGCGGCCGGUCACUCCCAUUCGGCCGUCGUCGUCGCGGGAGAACUGUACACGUGGGGCAAGACGGAUCGAGAGCGGCUGGGUCAUAAGAACACGCAGGGUGUCCUGGAAUCGCCGCAGCGCGUGUACAAGCUGAUCGGGUUGGACGUGAUAGCCGUGUCCUGUGGGAACGCACACACCGUGGCUCUCACCAACACAGGCGUGUACACAUGGGGAUCUGACACGUAUGGUCAGCUAGGCCUAGGAAUGAACGAGACUGGUGGACCGCCGAGGAUCGUUCAGGCUCUAGCGCACGUGCAGUGUGUGUCUGUCGUGUGUGGACAGUACCAUACCUUGGCUCUCACAAGCACUGGAAGAGUGUACAGCUGGGGCUGGGGAGUGCAUGGCCAGCUAGGGCAUGGUACCGCAGAUGACUGCCACCUACCAACCUACAUCAGAGCUCUCGAGGGCGUUGUCGUGACGACAGUCUGUGCAGGCUAUGCACAUUCUGCCAUCCUCGAUGAGAUGGGCCAAGUUUUCACGUUUGGAUGCGGCGCGUAUGGUCAGCUGGGACUCGGACCGGCCAUCUCCAUGAAACUGACCACUCCGUACGGUUAUGGUGCCCACUCCCGAGCCGUGCAGUAUACCUUUCAAGCCCGGAUUCCUUCCAUGAAUGUUAAGCACACGGCAUGA